UGUUGUUUCCGUGGUCGAUCGAACCACACUCUGGAACGGUUUGGGUACUAGAAAUUAUGGACGUUGGUAAUUUCAAAAUAUAUGACUGGUCCAUCGCAGGGACAGAAACGUGUAUGGUGGUUGUUACGGACGGCAUGAAAAUAGCCUUUGAUAUUGGCUACAGUACAUGCCAGUCAGUUGGAUGCGACCACGUGUUUAUAAGUCAUGGGCAUAUGGACCACGUAGCAGGACUAAUACACCAUGCUUCUAAGCGUUCAAAUAUGCGCAUGAAACCAGCUACGUAUUACGUACCAUGUAUACUAAAACAAAGUUUAUUGGUGGUUGCUGAACAAUUAUCUAUUAUGCAUGGAAAGGAAAUUGACUAUUAUAAGCACAAAGCUCCAAUCGAAGACUUCAAAUCAGGACAACAAAUAAAGCUUCCAAAGUCCUACUUUGCGACCCUCUUUCCAACAGUACACACAAUUCCAAGCCAGGGUUACAUUCUGUGGAAGGUCAGGUCAAAGUUGAAAGGUGAAUACCAGGGGUUACCAUCCAAUGAGAUUGCUAGCAUCAAGAAGUCUGGAAUAGAAGUCACAGAACAGCAGGAAUAUCCAGAGAUUGCAUUUACAGGUGAUACAACUUUUGAAUGUUUUCAACUGGAAGGAAACGAAUCAGUUCUAAAAGUGAAACUGCUUAUAAUGGAGUGCACAUAUCUUGAUGACGAGACAUCAAUAAGCGAAGCAAGGGAAAAGGGCCACCUGCACCUCAACGAACUAGUGGAACACGCUGAACUUUUUGAGAACGUAGAAUCUAUUCUGUUAAUGCACUUCUCACUCAAAUACUCUACCCAGCAGAUUGAAGAACUAGUAGCUUCAAAGCUACCUGAAACUCUGAAAAAUAAAGUGUAUUUGGCUUUGUCUGCUCAUAAAAACUACAAUUGUAGAUAGUGUUGCUAGGCAACAAUAUUUCAAAACUCAUCUCAUGUUGGGGCAGGCUCUAAUACAAUAUUUUUGAUGACUUAAAUAAAUUGUUUCAAAUUCCA